UUUUCAUUAUUACCCGCUUUCAGACAUAUCUGAACGAACAAUGGAUAUAAGCCUGUUUGUAACACUGUGAGUUGGCCAUUGCGCCUUGCACCUUGCAAUUAGCGUCCCUGCUUGAAAGGACUCCUCUAUCUCUACGAACUCCACGGAUUCUACUGCACGCAAAAUUCGCAGGGGACGUACGAACCUAAAAUUCGUGCGUCCAGUUGUGACCGAGGUUUAAUAUCAACGGAGGUAGCGUGAGGUAUUCACACAUGUACUUAUGUAGUCGAAGACAAAGGAGACCAUUUUGGACAGUUAUCGUCACAUACCAAAGUGAAACUUAGCGUGGCGUCUACCUGCGGUAUAUUCAGGCAAUUAAUUCCAUAAUAUAAGGCAUUUGAAUAAUAAUAUCAGUGUCAAUACAACGUCAGCUAUGCCGGAGUCGAAAUCGCUGACGACUUUGGACAGACGACAACGAAUACUGCUAGCCGCAGUUUGUGGAUUGGAGUUUGCGGAGAGCUUAGUGCUGACUAUUGUAAUACCGCUUUUACCCAUCACUGCCAAAGAAAAAGGUGUGACAAAUUUUGAGGUUGGGAUAUUAUUUGGGGUGGCAUGGCUGGCUGCCGCUUUGUCUGGUGUAGUCCAUGGAAAACUGCUGUCACGAAUCACACCUAUAUCUCUGGCGAUUGCUGGAUGUGUCAUUACGGCGAUAGCAACCGUUGGAAUAGGGCUGGCAGGGCAGUUUUCACGUGACCUCGUGGAGUUCCUACCGUCUGUCAUUGGCUUGAGGAUAAUGCAGGGGUGUGGCUACUCCGCCAUAGCUGUGUCAGCCCAGGCCAUCCUCUCUGCUGAGAUGCCGGAACACAAGCUCGGGGUCCAGGCCGCCUAUCAGGGAAGCGUGGCCCUGGGGUUUACACUGUCUCCACCCAUAGCUGGAGGGCUGUACGCAGCUAAUGGUUUCUGGCUGCCGUUCAUUGUCAUGUCUGUGAUACUUCUCAUUAUCCUUAUCAUUGUCGCUAUACCAUUACGACAUUUAAAAGGUCAAGUUGUACAGCACAAAUCUGGGCAGUACUUCCCUCUUCUUCUGCAGCCGAGAGCUAUAUUGACAGUCGCACAUUCUUUGGUCAUCGCUUUCGUGUUCAGGUUCUUCGAAGGCUUCAUUCCAGUGCAUAUGCAUGAACAGUUUGGUUGGGGCCCGGCAGAGGUAGCCUGGUUAUUUACUGUCUGCGCUGUAGUUUUCAUCAUCUUUUUGCCCAUUUGGGUAAAACUCAACACGGCUUUGAUGGGUAAUGUUGCAGUGAUGAGCUGGUGUAUGUUAAUGGCCGGGAUUUCAUUUUUUCUUCUCGCACCUGCACCCUUCAUACCUGUGAAAUAUCCAUGGUGGGCCUCGUCUCUUGUCUGUUUGUUUUAUGCCAUCAGUUAUGCGGGUGCCAUAGUAACCAAUGUCCCGGAUCUCAUUUUUGUGUCAAGGUAAGUGAAUCUGGGAAAUGUAACGGAUAAUCAACGGAACACAGACAAAUUUAAGUAAUAUCUGCCUUUGAUUUGCAAGAACAUAUCUGCCUUAAUUAAUGAUUGAAAUAUCAAAUUUC